AAUAGUAGCAGAGGCAGCAUUGUGCAAGAGAAGGAGCAAUCUAUCUGUGUCUGUGGUCUCCUACUUUAUUUGGGCGCAGAACAUAAUAAAAUCAAACUCCUCAUCCAUCGCUAUUCUUAUACACAAAUCAUUAAUCAAUCGGAGAGGCGAUGGGGAAGAAUCAAGCGUACAAGGCUAUGCAGCGAUCAAGGCUGGGUUCCAGUUCUGCCGGCCCGGAUGAAGUCGAGGACGGCAUGGUGGAUGGUUCAUUUCAUUCACCAGAGUGGCAUGCCGCCCGUUUGGCAAGCCUAAAAACUUCUCACACUGUUACAUGGGAAGAUUACAAGAAGAAACAAAAGGAAGAAGAAAUUAGAAAGGGGGAGUUAGAAGCUGAUAAAGAUAAAAUGAUGAGAGAGUACAGGGCCCAGUUAGAUGCUGAAAGGGCCAGUAAGCUUGCACAUGGAAGAAAUCACUCGCACAGUAAAUCUAGUCACAAAAAGGACAAGGAAAAGGAUUCGAAGAAACGCAGUAGUAAAAAGAAAAAGCAUUCUAGAAAAUCUUCAGAAUCAGGAUCUUCAAGUUCGUCAUCAGAAUAUUCUAGUAGUGAUGAUGAUGGUGAUAGGAAAGAAUCAAGAAGAUCAAAAUCAAGAUCUAAGAGAAGGAAGAGAGAGAAACGGCACAGGUCAAGAUCCAAGCAUUCGUGCAGGGAUGAAGAAGCUGAUGGUCCUUUGCCUCUUUCAAGAUUCUUUGGGAACUCAAAAAAUUAAUGGUUGAUGCCAAGCUUCUAGAUAUUCAACCUAGCAUUUAGAUUGUUUCUGAUGUGCCAUGAUAUACUUGCUUUUGCUUUUACAAUUCAGCUUUGCUAGAUUGAUAAAUUCUGACAAUAUUACGUUACUAUGUAAGGGUAUUAAUUAUUUUUGGACUCCGUUCAGAUUAUCA